ACAUUUAGGCACUCCACACAACAUAGAAAUAAGAACUAUUAGAAUUGCUCUUCUCUUGUCACAUUUUCCCAUUUUCUUGACAGAGUAAGGCAGACCAUUCUGUCUUUGUGCACCUCUCUGCCCCUAUUAUCUGUCAACCAUAAACCAACACUCUUCCAUUUCAUGCAGUAUUUUCCUCCCAAUUACUUUUUUCUUAGAAAGAUAUAUCUUUUGGCCACUCUGUAGCUUUUUCCCUUCUGGGUUUUCAAUUUGAUUGUGGGAAAUAUUAUACUCUGAGGUUUGUAUUCGCCUGUUUUUGGGUUUGGAGUUCAAGAACAGCUUUACCGGAAAAUACCCACUUUGUAGAAAGAACAAAAAAGAGAAAAAAUUUGAAGGGAUCAAUUUGCUGAUGAAACCAAAUAUAAAAAGUAAAGUGAUUGACAAAAGGGAAAUUUGUUUCUGAUUGGGUUGAACAGUUUGCAUUCUUUAGGGUUUCAAUAGUGAUUGGCAGAUGGAAACAAAAUCUGAGAUGGGUGUUAUAUCUACAACACAAAGAUUGAUGAACAAUAUUCAGAAUUGUUCUCAAUUGUCUGUUCAUAGUAUUGCACCUCAAGAUUCUGCUCUUAAUUUUGUGUAUCAUAGAAAGAGGUUUUUUAAGAACCCUAGUACUGUUUCUCCAAUCCCAUCACACGAUAAUAUGAGUUUUGUCUAUGAAAGAAGAAAGCAUCAAAGGAAUAAUCCAAUGACUGUUUUUCCUGCUGUGGUUUCUGCAAAUUCAUCACCAAAUGGUGGUUGUUCUUCAGCCAUUAGAUCAGAAAAUGUCUCAGUUCCCUCGUGCCAACAAAUGCGCGGGAUGAAUGAAAGGGAUACUACUAGGGUUUCUUCAAUUGAGCAGCCAUUUACUACUUCAGAAACAAUUGAUGGGUAUGUAACGGAGGACCGUGGUUUUGACAUUAAAGACAAGAUGAACAAGACUGUUGAGUUGUAUAGUGUAGAUGAUAGCUGUUCAUCAUCGACGCUUGAUGUGGACAUGGGUUUGUCUCCGUUGAGGAGUAAAAUAGAUGACACUGAUGAGUGUUCGUCCUCUGGUGCACUUGUUGUGGAUGUGUCUGGAGAUGAUCAAUCGCUAUCAGUUAAGGGUAUUUGUGUUUCAAUUCUUCGAAGUCAUGGAUUGUUAUCUGAUUCUAGGUGUAAUGGAUCUGGUGUUUCUGAGGAAGAUGCUCCAUCUUGUAGCAGCAGUGGUUCUCGCUCUUGCAAUAUUUGUGGUGUAAAUGGUACAGCUACGGAUAUGCUUAUUUGUGAUGAGUGUGAGGAAGCGUUCCAUGUAUCCUGCUUCAGUCCAAUCAUAAGAAAGAUUCCUGUUGAUGAUUGGUAUUGCCAGUCUUGCUCUAAAAAGAAGCAUAACCAGUUAAAAGAAAGAGCUAUUAGAAAGUCGUCAAUUAUCCAGUCCGAAAAAGGUUCAGUCACAUCUGGAGGAGAAUUAAGUUUGAUAGCUCUCAUGUUAGAGGAUUCAGAACCUUACAUAAGUGGUGUUCGUGUCGGUAAAGGAUUCCAAGCAUUUGUUCCUGAAUGGUGUGGACCUCUUAUGAGGGAAGAUAACAUUUAUCCUGAGCCAUUGGAGUUGGAUCCAUCACAUUCUGUUGACUUUCAAGGAUCAUUUUGCAAACCUCGCAAGGCCUUUAUUGGUAAUUGGCUUCAGUGUAGAGAGGUUAUUGUUGGUAUGGGAGACGACAUCGAUGGAACCAUCUGUGGAAAGUGGCGCAGGGCUCCUCUAUUUGAGGUCCAGACUGACAACUGGGAUUGUUUUCGUUCUGUAUUUUGGGAUCCAACAUAUGCCGACUGUGCUGCACCUCAGGAGCUGGAAACUGAAGAAGUAAUGAAGCAAUUGAAGUACAUUGAACUGUUGAGGCCUCGACUGCAAGCAAAGAAGCGGAAAUUCGAGGGUUGUAAAGAAAAUGGCUCGGACGUCCCUACAGAAGAUGCAAGCAAGUGUACCAGUUCUAUAGACGUGGGAAGGAAUGCGUAGUUUUGUCAUUCAUUGCAUAUCAAAGAGUUGCUAAGGUCUGAUUUGGUGAACAGGUACCCCAUGUUAAUUGGUUGUAAUCAGAAUCAAAAGUGAGUGUAGCUUGUGAAAAUGAUCUAGUGAACUUGUACCUUUUCCGCACAUUGGGAUAGUGUAAAAAUCUGAAUCGAUCCCUUACAUUUUUGCAACCGUUGUAGGGGAGAAACGAAAACAUCAUAUAGUCAAUUUAACUGCUGAGUAGACGUUAAAAAUCAGAUAUUAGAUUGUUAUCGAGAUUAUCGAGAUCUCGAUGCUAAGUUCUUAUUCGUUAAUAUGUUUUAGAUUUGUAGCGCAUUAGAUGCUUACUAGAAGAAGUGGGCUUUUAAAGCUACUUAGUUUGGAAGUUUCAUACUUUCAUCUAAUUCAUGGCUAAAUUAAAGACAUAAUCUAAUCUAA